CUGAGUCCUCUCUACUGACACCAUGGGUUGCUGUGGUUGUGGUGGCUGCGGUGGUGGCUGCGGUGGUGGCUGCGGUGGCUGCGGUGGUGGCUGCAGUGGCUGCGGUGGUGGCUGUGGUGGUGGCUGCGGUGGUGGCUGCGGUGGUGGCUGUGGCAGCUGCACCACCUGCAGGUGCUACCGGGUGGGCUGCUGCUCCAGCUGCUGCCCCUGCUGCCGCGGCUGCUGUGGGGGCUGCUGCAGCACGCCCGUGAUCUGUUGCUGCCGCCGCACCUGCAGCUCAUGUGGCAGUGGCUAUGGCUGUGGGAAGGGCUGUUACCAGCAGAAGGGCUGCUGUCAGCAGAAGUGCUGCUGCAAGAAGCAAUGCUGCUGCUAGGCGGGCCAGCCUGGCUCUGCCUCUAGCCUAAGAAACGCUGAGGCUUUGCUCACAGAAUUUGGUGAAACUUUCCUUCACCCUUCCUUUCUGCUUCUGUCCUGCCUCAUCUACCUGGAUGCAUUGGAACUGCUCAUGCUCUCCCUUGUAGUCUGAAGUGUCAGGAUUGUUUUUCCUCCUUUGUGGUGGUGUGACUACUUCAAUUCCUUCUCCCUGUAUCUUCCAAGACUUAGCAUUAUGCUAUUAUGCUAUUGUGCUAUUAUGCUAUUAUUCGUCAUUUUUGUAAUCUUGUUUUCUUUUGGAAAAAAAGAUAAAAGGUUAGCAUAUAUUAUCAACAUAAGGGGUGGAAGCACAGCCACCCAUGUCAAAAAUAUAUUUGUAUUCUGAGCUUAACAAAAUAAAAU